AGAUGAGCAAUAAUUUCAUGCCUAUAAUUUGUUUUGGGUUCAGCCGAGUAGUAUUUACCUUUGUUAUGAUCUAUUGAUGUGGAUAAUAAUUUCAAAUAUUUAUUUCAUCCUUUCAGAUCAAAUUAGUUGUUCCAACACAAUGGAAGCCGUGUCUGUGGUUGCUCAACCUCUUUUGUCAGCUACUUUUGAAUGGAUGAUCCAAAAACUGAAUGGUUUCAUUCCCAGCAAUUCCCAGGGAUUACAGGAAGAGGUCUAUGCUGAUUUGGAAAAAUGGAGGAAUUUGCUACCGCUAAUCCGUGGUUGGCUCAAAGAUGCAGAAGAGAAGCAACUCUAUGAAGAAUUCGUGAAGAUCUGGCUUGAUGAUCUCAAGGACUUGGCUUAUGAUAUGGAGGACAUUUUUGAGGAAUUCAAGGUUGGCGUCAAUGAUCAGGGGAGCACCUUGGUAGCAAAACCUCAACAAGCCAGCAGCAGCAGAUUUAUCCCAGCUACAUGCUUCUCUUGUGUCAAAGGCAACAAUUUCAUGUUUGAUUCCAAAAUCAUUUCUAAGGUGAAGGAUAUUUCUAAAAGGUUGAAAAUUUUGGUUGACACAUCCAAAUUACUCGGCCUAGAGACUUUAAGAGUGCAAGCUGGAGGACGACCCAACAGAGUAGAUGCAGGAAGGAACACCACUUCUCUGCCUGAUUCUUAUGUUUGUGGUCGGGGGAGUGAUAAAGCGGAUAUUAUUCAAGAGUUGCUUGAUGACGGAGGCAGUGAUAAAGGAUAUUCCGUAGUUCCCAUUUUUGGAAUGGGAGGUGUUGGAAAGACAACAUUAGCUCGCCUUAUUUACAAUGAGGUGGGGGGAAGCUUUCACCCCAAAGCGUGGGUCUGUGUUUCUAAUCAAUUCAAUAUUCUGAGCAUAACAAGAUCAAUUUUAGAAGCAGUAUCUGAUGACCGGUGUGAUUUGAAAGAUCUAAAUCUGCUUCAAGAAAGAUUGAAGGAAAAAUUAUCUUAUAAGAAGUUUCUUCUUGUUCUGGAUGAUGUUUGGAAUGAAGACUUAGUUCAAUGGGACAGCCUGCAAAAACCUUUUCAAUUAGGAUCAGCUGGAAGCAAAAUAAUUGUUACAACUCGUAAUCAAAAUGUUGCAAAAACCAUGGAUAGCAAAGCCAAGAUUCACCGGUUAAAACCAUUAGAAUUUGAACAAUGCUUGCCAAUUCUAGCUCAGCAGGCAUUAAGAGAGAAGAACUUUGAUGCACAUCCAAAUUUGAAAGAAGUUGGUGAAGAAAUUGUUAAAAGGUGCAAGGGAUUGCCGUUGGUUGCCAAAGUCAUAGGGGGCCUCUUACAACGUUCGCUUGAUCUGGAAUAUUGGAAAUACAUAAACAAUAAAAUGUUGAAUUCACAAGCCCAGGAAAGUGGGAUUCUACCAGAGUUGAUGCUAAGCUAUCAUGAUCUUCCUUCUUAUUUGAAGCAAUGUUUUGCAUAUUGUGCUUUGUUCCCUAAAGACUACCCAUUUAAGAAGGAUGAGUUAGUUAUGUUGUGGAUGGCAGAGGGACUCUUGUGGCGAAAACCGGGGGAACAAAAUAGAUUGGAAGAAAUCGGGCAUCAAUAUUUUUGUGAGUUACUUUCAAGAUCAUUUUUUGAGCAGUCUAGUGGGAAAGAAUUAGAGUAUGUAAUGCAUGAUCUCAUACAUGAUUUGGCUCAAUUUGUUGCUGGAAGAACAUGCCACAACCUACAGACUAUGUUGGAGGUUGAUAAGAAAUCUAAAGUGAAAUUUGAGAAGACAUUGUUGUUAUUCAACUGCAACAGCUUUUCAAAGUUUCCUGUGACAAUUGGGAACUUAAUUAACCUCCAUCAGCUGGACAUUAGGGGAACUGAUUCCUUAAAAGAGAUGCCAUCUGGAUUAGCUAAUCUCAAACAACUUUUGACACUGGACAAAUUUAUUGUGGGGAAGGGAAAUGGAUUAGUUAAACUAUCUGAUUUGGAGAACCUUUCACAACUCAAAGGGAAACUAUCUAUUCUAGAUUUGCAUAAUGUUUCGAAUGUUCAUGAUGCUAAGAAGGCCAGGCUGGACAAGAUUGAUGGUCUUGAUUGGUUGCUCUUGCAAUGGACUUUUGAUUUUGACAAUUCUAGGAAUGAAGACAAAGAAAUGCAAUGUAGAAGAAGCACUUCAUUGCCAUCACUUGGGCAAUUGCCAACACUCAAAGCAUUGAUUGUGGAGGGCAUGGAUGCAAUAGAAACGGUGGAUUCUAAGUUUCAUGGUCAUGGCACUUUUCAAUCUCUUGAGAAGUUGGAGUUUCGUGACAUGUUAGCUUGGCAGGAAUGGACUUCAACAACAGAAGGUGGAGUGGGAUUCCCAUGUCUUUGUGAGCUUGUGAUUGAAAAUUGUCCUGCAUUGAUGGGAGAAGUACCAAGCCACUUGUCUUGUCUUACAAAUCUUGUGAUAAAAAGAUGCCCAGAGUUAAGAUGCCCAUCAUCUAUGAGUCUUCAAUCACUACAAAAGCUGAAUAUUGAAGACUGUAAUGUGGCCUUUUUGAAUAGCAUGGCUGAUCUCACCUCUCUUGCUAGCUUGGAAAUUAAGAGCAUUUCAGGACUUGUUUUCUUGCCUAAGGGUUUUAUUGAGUCCUUGAUAGCCGUUGAGAAGGUGGAGAUUAAGGAAUGCCUCGAGCUUACUUGUUUAUGGGAGGAAGGUGCUGAGGUAGAAAACCUUGCUCGUCUUGAGAUAAUGAGCAUUGAGAGCUGUCCUUUGCUUGUUUCAUUGACAAGGAAAGAACAGGGCCUUCUUCCUUUCAACCUUAAAUGUCUCACCCUCUCAAACUGUGCAGCUCUAGAGUCAUUAACUGAUGCGAUGACGAUGAAGGUAGAUGGAAGCAGUAGCAGCAACAACAUGUUGAGACUUGAAUCAUUAAGCAUCUAUAAUUGUGAUUCCCUCAAGUCUUUACCCAACACCACGGUUAAACACUUGACAAUUAAUGGAUGUGUAAAUUUAGAGUCUUUACCAGAUGGAUUAUUAUUGCAAGAUGAUGGUGACAACAAUAGCAAUCUUGAAUCUUUGAGAAUAGAGGGACUUCCAUCUCUAAAUUCUGUUGGGAGUGGUCAUCUGCCAGCUUCUCUCAAGGAAUUUAUUGUUGAAGAUUGCAAGAGGUUGGAAUCAUUUCCAGGGAGGAUGUUGCAACAUUGUCUGGGACUUAAAUCCCUUCGAAUUCGGAAUUGUGAAGUAUUGAGAAGCUUAUCACUUGAUGGCCUCAGCAAUCUUCGUGAUAUGGAUAUUGGCAGGUGUGCAGUUUUAGAAUUCUUCCCAAAAAUGGGCCUCUCCUUGCCCAAUCUUAGGUCUUUGACAAUUGCAGAUUGUCCAGGGUUGGAGUGCAUUCCAGAUGGGGGUUUGCCCCUAAAAUUAACAGAUCUUGAAUUAGAAAAUUGUCAGAAUCUCAACUCCCUACCAAAUACAAUGAAUGAGCUUACAUUGAUUAAGAAUCUAACGAUAACAGAUUGUCCAGGCAUCAAAUCCAUUCCAGAUGGAGGUUUUCCCCCAAACCUAACAAAUCUUAAAUUAGACGGUGAGCAUCUGAAGCAGCCAGCAGUGGAAUGGGGUCUCUGCAAUCUUACCUCUCUUCAAUGGUUUAGCAUUUGUCACACAUGUCCUCUGGAUAUUGUGCUUCCUCCUUCUUUAACAUCUCUAGAGAUACAAAAUGCAAAGAAUCUGAAAUCCAUACCUAGAGGGCUCCUUCAAAACCUCAACUCUCUUCAGCAAUUGGUGAUUUUAUGCUGUCCAAAGCUACGGUCAUUGCCGAGGAAAGGCCUGCCUCCAUCGCUUGGAGGUCUUGUCAUUUUUCAGUGUCCGCUUCUAAAACGACAACGCUUUGAGGAGAAAGGAGAAUAUUGGUCUCUCACCCGUACCAUCUCUCGGGUCGUAAUAGAUCGUGAGACGGUAUAACCAGCAAAGCCACUUGUUAUCUGAGUGAAAUCUGGAAUGAAGCUAUAGACUUAUUGGAGGAUGGUUUUGUUGGGAAUUUCCAAAUAUGUUGAUGAAGCCACAAUAGCAAUGGAAAGGGAUCUUAUUGGGUUUUCUUCAUCAACUUCCCUUAACUUAUUGAAGACAAUUUAAGGAUGUGAAUGUGGAUGGUCUGGUGUUCAUCCCCUUUGAUAUAGACUAGUAAAAUCUUUGCAGUCAU